AUGCCUUUCCACGCAACAGUCCUCUACCCAAAUGACCCCGACACCAAGUUCGACCUGGAUUACUACCUCAAGACGCACAUGCCGCUCGUUGAGAAUGCCUUCAAGAAACACGGUCUCGUAAAAUGGGAGGUGCUCGAAUACAAGCCCGGUCCAGACGGCACGCCACCCAAGUUUGUUGUGGGAGGGACUUUGGUUUGGGAUAGUCCCGAGCAGAUGGGUGCGGCCAUGACCUCGGAAGACGCAAAGCCGGUCUUGGGAGAUAUCCCUAACUUCUGCAACAAACAGCCAAUCUUCCUCGGAGGCCCGCUCGUGGCGAAAUCUUCCUAUUAG